AUGCGGCGGUUCGUCUACUGCAAGGUGGUGUUGACCACCUCUCUUGUGUGGGUGCUGGUGGACGUGUUCUUGCUGCUCUACUUCAGCGAGUGUAACAAGUGCGAUGACAGGAAAGACCGCUCGCUACUCCCUGCCCUCCGAGCUGUGAUAUCUCGGAGCCACGAGGGUCCAGGCGAGAUGGGCAAGUCGGUGAACAUCCCCAAGGACGAGCAGGAGAAGAUGAAGGAGCUCUUUAAGAUUAACCAGUUCAAUCUGAUGGCCAGUGACAUGAUCGCACUCAACAGGAGUCUGCCGGAUGUGAGGUUGGAUGGCUGUAAGACCAAGCUGUACCAGGACGACCUGCCCAGCACCAGCAUCGUCAUCGUGUUCCACAACGAGGCGUGGAGCACCCUGCUGCGCACCGUUCACAGUGUCAUCAACCGCUCCCCCAGACACUUGCUCAUGGAGAUCGUGCUCGUGGACGAUGCCAGCGAGCGAGACUUCCUGAAGAAGAAGCUGGAGAACUACGUGCGAACUCUGGAGGUGCCCGUAAGGAUCCUGAGAAUGGAGCAGCGGUCGGGUCUGAUCAGAGCCAGGUUGAGGGGGGCGGCCGCCACCAAAGGUCAGGUCAUCACCUUCCUGGACGCUCACUGCGAGUGUACGGUGGGCUGGCUGGAGCCCCUGCUGGCCCGCAUUAAAGACGACAGGUCAGCAGUGGUGUGCCCUAUCAUCGAUGUCAUCAGCGACGAGACGUUUGAAUACAUGGCCGGCUCCGAUAUGACUUAUGGUGGAUUCAACUGGAAGCUGAAUUUCCGCUGGUACCCUGUUCCCCAGCGGGAGAUGGAUCGACGCAAAGGCGACAGAACGCUUCCUGUCAGGACUCCCACCAUGGCAGGAGGGUUGUUCUCCAUAUACAAAUCAUACUUUGAAGAAAUAGGAAGCUAUGAUCCAGGGAUGGAUAUCUGGGGGGGAGAGAACCUGGAAAUGUCUUUCAGAAUCUGGCAGUGCGGGGGCUCUUUGGAAAUUGUCACUUGUUCACACGUGGGCCACGUUUUCCGGAAGGCCACCCCGUACAGCUUCCCUGGAGGUACGGGCCAAGUCAUCAACAAGAACAACAGGCGCCUGGCCGAGGUCUGGAUGGAUGAUUUCAAAGACUUCUUCUACAUCAUAUCACCAGGAGUGAUGAGGGUCGACUACGGAGACGUCUCUUCCCGUAAAGCCCUCCGCGAGGCCUUGAAGUGCAAACCGUUCUCCUGGUACCUGGAGAACAUCUACCCAGACUCCCAGAUCCCAAGAAGAUACUACUCACUUGGUGAAAUCAGAAAUGUUGAGACCAACCAGUGUGUGGACAACAUGGGAAGAAAGGAGAACGAGAAAGUCGGCUUCUUCAACUGUCACGGUAUGGGAGGAAACCAGGUGUUCUCAUACACGGCGGAUAAAGAAAUUAGAACAGACGACCUCUGUCUGGACGUCUCCCGCCUCAACGGCCCCGUCGUCAUGCUCAAGUGUCACCACAUGAAGGGAAAUCAGAUGUUCGAGUACGAUGCUGAGAAGCACACCUUCCUCCACAUCAUCACCCAAUCAUGCCUGACCCUCAGCCGUCUGGAGGACGGCACCUACGGCCCCACAGUGGAGUACUGUAACCACAGUCCCACGCAGGCCUGGAUCCUCCACAACUACACACGUCAGGAGGUCGCUAAACGCCUCUACUUCAGCCCCACCGAUUAUUUCCUGUGA